AUGUCUUUGGAUUUUGAGAUCAAACGUUCUGGACUCUCAAUCUCAACUUCAUCCUUUGAUACAUUUUGCGAGGAAUUAAAAAGGAAUGACAACAAGAUAGAAGGUCAUCCAUUGAGGGGAUGGAUGAAAAAAAAAAGUCCAGCACUCUUGAAAGGAUGGCAGAAGCGAUAUUUUAUGUUGAUUGAAAAUCCUUAAGACAAAGGUUGGAAACUAGUGUAUUUUGACAAUGAUGUAAAAAAACAAAUUGUGAAUGUAGAAAACUGAUACAAGACCCAAUGGUGCUUUUGAUGUUUCAGCCAUCACCUCAAUUCAAUAAGUAUCUAAAAAAGAAUUCACCAUUCAUUUCCCUGGGAGGAAACUGGAUUUGAAAGUCAAACCACAGGAAGUUUACUAACAGUGGAUUAAUACACUCAAUGAACUUCGAUUGGCCACUAAUGCAGAAAGAACCAAAAGAUAAUUGAGUACAGAGUAAGUUGUUAAACUAUCAAAUGAGAGUCCCUCCAAGAGUAUAAUUGAACAUUAUUAUUUAGUGCCUUCAAACCACAAAAUUGUUGACAAUCUCACGGUUUAGUAAGCACAAGUCUAAAAGGAGAGAUAACGUAAUUCCAUAUUAAUUGAGCAAUCUAAAGAAAAUAAGAAGAAGAAGGAAAAAGAAAAUCUAACUCAACUGUCAAAUGAUAAGAUGAUCGAGUUGGUUGGAUUGAAAGAAUUCAUAAAGAAUAUGAAUGAGUAAUUCAUUUAUUAACGAAUGAUUUAUGGAUACUUAGGUAAGAGAAGUAAAGGUAAAGUUAAAUAUUUUCAGAAAAGAUGGUUCAUAUUGGUAUCUGCUAAACCUUUGGUAUAUUAUGGUUAUUAUUUGGUCUAGUAUUCUGAUUACAAUGAUGAAAGGAUCUUGACAGAAGCAUAAUUGCCCACUUGGUUGGAACUUGAUACGAUCACCUAUUUUAAAGAAAAGGAAGAAGGCAAACCUCCAAAAGCCAAGGGGGAUGUUAGUAUGAUCGAUUGUUAAGAGAUCAUCAUGAAAGACAUGUCCAAAUCGAAAGAGAGUGGAUUUACAUUUAAAUUGAAUAUGGGGGAUAGGUUAUAUCAUCUGAUGGCUGAUACGGAACAGGAACGUAAGAAAUGGUAAUCGGCUUUGAGUUUGUCUAUGAGAACCACCAAGGAAAUCCACAACCCCUUGAAGAUCAAAAUUAAGAAGAAUAUAGAUCCUAUUAUAUAAUUAUAUGAUGAGGAGCCUCAGUUGAUUGCAAGGAGAGAGAAGAUGAAAGCCAAAUUGGAGAAAGAUGUCUCUUAGAUUCUGAAUCAGGAGGAUCAAGAUCUAGCAAUAUUGUUAAAGUAACUCACUGAGGUGAGAUAAGACAUGUUGGAAUCCAUGUAAGCAUGCAUUGUGAAGGAUCCACAAAGAAAGGAUAUCAUAAAAGAAUACACGGAUAUUUAUCAUGAGAGGAUUUGUGACAGAAUCUCGGCAUUCUGGGAUCUUCAUUAUAAACAAAUGCAAGUAUUUUACACCAAAAUGAAUUUUAGUCGCCUGAAUUGUUACUCUUAGCAUAAUGGCUGAAUGAUUACUUAAAUCUGAUGAAGGAUUUCUUCAACGAUGAUAGAAUCAUCUUUGGAGUCAGAGUGCUUCUUAACAUUUAUGUAAAUAGAUCCCUCGAAAAUUUAGAGUCUGUAUUAAAUUCUAUCAUAGAACAAGAGAAAACACAAGAACCCAUCUUCAAUGAUUAAUAAUUGUUGAUUACACAGACACCGGUGGAUUUAUUCAAAAUAAUAAACGAGGGAUUUGAUAUGGCAUACAAGCUGUGUCCUUCUAAGGAAACCAGUCUGAAACUAGGUGGAUUUGGUAAAACCAUCUUACAACAAUAUUAAUAUGGAAUCCAAGAGAUGAUCGAUGAAAUACAACUGUCAACUCCUAAAUUGGUUGCCAUUUGCAAUAAUACAUUAGCAUUGCAUGAUAAUACUAAGAAUUACAGUUAGGUGCUUCAACAGAUGGGUAAUUUGAAUGAAGAUGAGAGUGAAAAGGUGUUUGAUUGUCAAAAGAUAACCAAGAAUUUUGUGUAGAUAGCUAAUUGUUGCAGGGAUAAGAUAUUUUUCUGUUAUUUCAGUCGUGUUGGAACACACUUCAAAAAGUCCUUUCUCGAACUCUAAAUCAUUGAUAUUCUCAAAGUCAUCAUAGAACCAGCUACUGAGACUCUGUCCUAAUUACAUGAUAGUUUUAGUAGGAAAUUGUGGAAACAACUCUUAGAUACUAUUGUUCUUUAUUAUUUUAAUCAGUUCAUCAUCUCUUGUGGAAAAGCUAAGAAGGAGAAUCAAAAAGAAUUCACCAGCAAAUUAGAGAAUGAUAAGGAGAUCUUAGUUUAAGAAUUGGAAACCUUCAUUUUCGAAAAACAACUGCUGGCUUCAUUAAAACCAUUUGAUGAUAUGAUCAAUUUUAUUAAUGAGGAUUCUCUCAGCAUUUUGGAUCCAUGCAAAAGUCUAAGAAUGUACUUUGGAAGAGCAUUUUCAGAAAAGACAGUCAAAACUAUAAUGUGCCUUCGAUUUGACUUGGACAAGGAUAAGAAGAAGGAAACAAUUGAGAUUUGUAAGAAUUUAAUUGAUGACAUUAACAAAAACGAACCUGUUGAACAUCAGAGUAGACUCAUGGAUGUACUUGGACAAGAGGAAGAGGAAAAUGCAGAUCAAAGUUUAAAUCAACAGUUAUAAUAGAUUUAAUAAUAAGAAAAUAGAAGGGCAGAUAUCUUUCUUGAUUUCCAUUAGGAUGAUUAAUUAUAAGUAAACACUUAUAUGUAUUUCAAUUCUAGAUACCUGAAAAAUAAGAGUAGCGAAGUUCAAUGGAAAAGAAGGAAUUCAUCGACGAAGGUUACUUAAAUAAGAAGAAACCAAAAUAGAAGGCAUGGGAUUAUAGAUAUGUCAGAAUCAGGAAAGGGUAUAUGUAUUGGUACAUCAAUGCCAACUCUAGAGAAGCUCAGAAUAAGAUCAAUUUAUAAAGCGUAGAUGAAGUUAUCGCAAACACAGAAAAGCCAGCCAAUUUCAAAAUUCUCUUAGAAGAUUCUAAGGUUUAUAAGUUUAAGACUCAGAGCAAAGAGGAGUGCGAAUUAUGGAUUAAAACAAUAUUGAGGGAAUAAAAUUAAUUGGAUUCAGCCACAAUUACAAUUGAAGCUAUAGUAAAUAUAGUUAAUAUUUAGAAAAUCGGUAAUGGCAAAAAAGCCAUAAUAUAGGACUAUGAUGAAAUGGCAAGGAAGGAAAGACAAUUAUAGAAGCAAGAAGAACGUAAGCGGAAGAGAAUCGAAAGAGAAAAUGAGUAAGAUAUUAUUGUUUAGAUUUCAUUAGGAUUAAAAGGAAGUAGCAAGAACAGAAAAUGUUGUAGCAAUAAUAGUUAAAGGAAUUGGGAGAUAAGCCUAAGGCUCAUUAGGUAGAAGUAUUUGAAUAACAGAGCGAACCAGUAAUGAAAUAGCAAUUAUAUUUUAGAAUUACAGUCAGAAGUAAUCAACUUCUUGCUGGACUCAAUUUUUGAUAGCAUUAGGAAUCGAGAGACCUAAAUGA